AUGCCCAAGCGUAAACGGGGAUCCCCAGCCUCACAAGCUGCGACAUCCGUCGCGCCAGAUGAGCCGCGAGUCAUCUCGUUCACCUCGCCUCAAGCUCUUACCAAGGCCAUCGAUGAAUCCAAUCUUUCCGAGUGUGAUGCUCUCUAUGUCAGAGAUGUAUCUGUUUCCACCUAUGAACGCCUCAAGAAGUACAGAUGCUACAAGAGACGCAAAUAUCGGUUCAGACGGUACUACCCAGCAGAGGAACUCUUGAUCGUCGCAAUCAAUACGCGCACUCAUGAGCAGCUGCACAUCAACCUAUACCUAGAUAUCUGUCUCGAAAUUAGAAAAAUGGGGUUGAAGCGGCACUGGGCAAGCUCGGGCGCUGCGACUUUCACGGCACUCUCUGGCGGGAGCGAAGGCGAGGCUGAUUCCAGCGGAAGCUUAUUCACGCUGGGCGAAGGCCACACGGAAUGGCCGAACCUCAUUGUCGAAGGCUCGCACUCCAUGUCCCUGGAAGAGAUGAGACGGCACAUGGCAUGGUGGUUCGAGGCCUCUGACCACCAGGUCAAGAUCGUCCUCCUCGUCAAGGCAGAUGGCCCGUCAACCGUCAUCAUCGAGAAGUGGCAGGAGCCUCCGCGGCCUGAACGAGUCGGAGCCACGACCACAAGGGCUAGUUCUCGUCAGAACCCGCAGUCUAACCAGGUCAUCACCAUUACACGGGUUCCUGGGAGUACGAAUCCUUAUUUCGCUGAGUCGUAUGAAGUCACCAGCGGCGGUGCGUUGCGGUUGGAGUUCCAGGAUCUCUUCCUUCGACCGCCAGGACCAGGGGAGCACGAUGUCAUUAUUGAAAACUAUGAUCUGCAAGACAUCGCCACGAGGGUUGCGAGGGGUUUGAGAGUUGUGAGGGCUUGA